ACCAGUUUGUAUAGAAGUUUUAUUAAGAAACCACCCAGGCUUCCCUAUUAUGCAGCUUGAGGCAGCCUUAGUGAAAGUUGCACAAUGAUAACCAGGCUGUGGUCGAACCCCGAUAAGCACCCUGUUAGCAGACAGCACAAGCAACACAACUGGCUAACAGGUCCGAGUCAGGCUAAUCAACAGCGCUACAAGUCGGGGAUUAAGUGACUAAUUUUGUCGGACAGCAGUGGAACCAGCCGAGGACAUGGCAGAGAUGGAGGAAAUCUUCCUCAGAGCCAAACAUCAGACUUUUAGUGGACUGACUGAAGAUGCAGAGAGGAAGUGGACCGGACCUUUCUGCUUCAUCCAAGCUGCAGACCCCCAGCUGGGGCUAAUGAAGGCCUGGAGGGAAGGUGACUGUGACGGCGGGGGGGAUGAAUGGGCUGAAGAAGUGGAGCUCACGAAACAGACCGUAGAGGCUGUUAACCGGCUCCGACCCAGACCGAGGUUCAUGGUGCUGUGUGGUGACUUGGUCCACGCCAUGCCGGUGGCUGAGAGGUUAAAGCUCAGGGAGGACGGAGGGAAUGAAAGAAAAACAGAAACUGCAUCCAUCAUCAUCAUCAUCAUCACAGGUUUCAGAACACCAUUCAGAGAAGGUCAGGAGCGGGACCUGAAGGACGCCUUAAAGGGGACCGAUCCCUCCAUCCCGCUUGUGUUUGUCAGUGGGAACCAUGACCUCGGCAAUACCCCGACUCCCAGCACGGUGGAGCAGUACUGCCGUGCCUGGGGGGAUGACUACUUCAGUUUCUGGGUGGGUGGUGUUCUCUGCCUGGUUCUGAACUCCCAGCUGUUCUACGACGCCUCGGCCUGCCCUCAGCUGAAAGAGGCUCAGGAGACGUGGCUGGAGGCACAGCUGAGCAGGGCCUCCUCCUCCUCUUCUACGGAGCCCAAAUCAAAACACAUCUUGGUUUUCCAGCACAUUCCUCUGUACGUAAAGAGCCCCGAUGAAGAAGAUGACUACUUCAACCUGCAGAAGGACGUUAGGCAAAGACUAAUGGACAGAUUCAAAAGGGCAGGCGUGAAGGCGGUCUUCUCAGGCCAUUAUCACCGGAACGCUGGCGGGUGCCACGGCGGCCUGGACAUGGUGGUGAGCUCAGCGAUUGGCUGCCAGCUCGGCGAUGACACCCACGGCGUCAGGGUGGUGGCGGUGACUGCUGACACCGUCGUCCACCGCUACCACAGCCUGGAGCAGCUGAGGGUGCGAGGCAUGGACGAGGACCUCAGGAAGCUCCUGAAGACCUGAGCGCCGGCCAGGAAAACAUGGAUACUUUUUAAAACAGAUGGGUACUUUAAUACUUAGAUAGCUUUGUUUUAAAUUUCUGAGCCUGUCUUCCUAUAAGUUUCCUGAUGUUAAUUCUUCAUUUAAUCUGAGAGAGUCAGACCUUAAAAAUAGGAGUGCUCUCCAUAGUUAUUGGUACACCUGGUAAAAUGUGCAAAAAGCCUUUAAAUAAAUGAAUCUGAAUGGCACAAUCUCACUCUGAGGAUAUCCAUCCAUACGUCGAGAGAGAAAAAUCCCAGAGCUUUCUGGGAUCACCAUUACAACCACUGGGUGCUUCUUACAUGCCAACCUGCUGUUGAAAAACAAGCUCUUUCUGUCCAGGAGUUUACUAAAUGCUCCUGGUGUGUUGGUCAGAUGAGACCAUGGUUGAGUUUUUUUUGAGACAAACACUCAGGUCUUGUCAAACAAAGGAUAAAAAUCACCUCAUCCCCACUAAUUGGUAUGGUGGUGGAUCUGUGAGGCUUUGGGCCUGUUUCCCUGGGAACCAGGAUGAGAUUAGGCUUUUUCAGUAAAUUUAUUUAAAUGCUUUUUGCACAUCUUCACCAAUAAAUGUAGGAGGGUGCUGUAUAACGACACCCUAAGCUGCUGGUGACCUGGCAGAAUCCGGCCUACGGUGGCCGGUACCAUUUACCCGACCAUUAAUGGCACAAAGCAGCAAAUUAAAUGAGCACAGAUGAAACGGCUCAUCAGCCUCUUAACAAAUGUACUGAAAAUACAAAGAAGUGCAGUUCAUGUUGACUGAACUGUAUGUUUCCAGGGCUCCAACUCUUCAGGCUUUCGAGACCCAAACUAUGAAGCAAUCAGUAGUUAAAGCAUUAGCAUUGGUUCUGAACACGAGUCACUUUUUUACAGCCUGGAUAUAAAAAUGAUGGAGGAAGUCGUGGUUGUUGUUUUAAAUGAAGAGCAGCAGUGAAUUCGAUGAACCUUGAUUAAAUGCUCACUGCUAGAAAAUCUUGUUUCAAGUAGAGCUGCAGUUUUCCCUCCAUGUUCUGCCAUAAAACGCCCCUCAAAGUAAAAGACUAUGCUGUGUUGAAAAGCCAUGGUGGCAGACAGAAGAAGCUUCAGCUCAGAACUAUUUCCCUUCUUCAUUUUACUCUGAUCCUGUAAAAAUAACUCCCUUCUUCCUCUAAUUAUUAUGCUUAAAAAUGUGUGAGAGGAAUCUGUGGACAGCAGUGUCUCAUUUAAUUCAUCUGUCAGCUUCCUGCUUAUUCAGACAUGACACCAACACCUGGAGUGUCCAGCAGAUUAUUGCAAAGUGCUGCAUGUCUGAACAAAGCUUUACGGGAUUGGACUUUUUAUCUGCAGCUGUGCACACAUGGCAGAGGCUUUAAAACUCCUGUGAAUUUACGCUCACUCCUGCUGUUAGUGAUGCAUGUGUCCGAGCAGCGCUGGGAGUUUAAAACGUGUCUGAAAGGAUUUUCCCUAAAACACAUUCAAAGUAGCUCCAUUAGUUAGGAUCAGUUAUUCAGAAUUUCUUCUGUUUUUCCUCUUUGUGUCUGAAGAUAAAUGCAACUCUGCAAAGAGAGACUGAGGACCAGCUUUAAAAAUGCCAGAAUGUCCCUUUAUUGAUCCAGCCAUAGACAUUAAUGGGAUAGUUCAGGUUCUUAAAGGUUACAAGCAGUUAAUAUCUUACCUGCAGGAGACAAGUUUCUUGGUGCCAUCGUUUAGUAUAAAUUCUGAUUCUGGACCCAAGGACGGAGGUUAACAGUUAGUCUAAACGGGACCAAGACCAAGGCGGGCUUCUUCCAUCUGUAUACAACUUCCAGCAGCGGUUCAUGCAGACGUUAUUUUAUGAAGCAUGAAAUUGUCUCCAAGUUCACGAUGGACACUUAUUUCCACAGAAGAUGCUUGCUUACACAGGAAAUGGAGCUCGGAGGCGGUACGCCACCAUCAUUCUUCCCCCUGUGUGAAACAUACACUAACAGAAAAGGAGGAUUAGUGUGAAAAAUCAUCAAAAAAUGCUCUAUCCUGACCUGAAUUUAUUCUAAAAGGAGAAACCAAGAGGAAGUUAUCUCCUGAAGUCAGACUUGAACUGCUUAUAACUGAUAUGAAGAGCCUCAAAUCAAGGUCUGAACUUUCCCUUUAAUGUUAGCCUUGUUGAAGACUAUGCAAGCGUUUCCAUUACUGUGUUCGCUUUGGUUUACCACAACUUUCCCCCUAAACACAAAUACAUGAGCUGAAUUUUACCAUAAGGUCGGUUCUGCUUGGAACUAAUGGGCUGAACCAAGCCUUUAGUCUCAGCUCUGAGAUACAGGGGCAUCUAAAACAGAUAAAACUGUGGAUUUAUUUUAGUUAUUCAGUUCAGAAUGUCAAACUGUUAUAGAUUUAUUACACGCAUAGUGAUAUAUUUUAAGCUUUUAUUUAUGUUAACUUUUAUUACUUUUUGUUUAAAUACCUAAAUUAUAUUUUUAAUAAAAUUACAUAAAACCAAGAAGUGAAAUGAAAAGAUUUUUAAUACAGAAAUUGUGGCCUUCUGAAAGUAACUAUCAAUGCUAUAGACUUCAUUUUUCUUUUACGCUUUUUCUUCCACUCAACUUUCCAUUAAUAUACUUACAGCGCUCUGUUUCCUUAGCAAUGAGCUUCAGUGAUUGUCUGCCGGACACCACGAUGCAUGGUUUAGAGCAUAACAUGGUCAUAACAUUAGAUUUCUGCAUUAAAAAUUAUAUUUAUUGUUCUGAUGUAAAAUUCUAAUUUUCAGAAAAAAUCUUUUUGGUUUUCAUUCGAUUUUAGCCAGAAUCAUCAAACUUAACCAACAAAUCCAUGAAAUAUAUUAUUGUGUUAUAAAUCUAUAUGACUAUUUUCACUUUUUAGUUGAAGUAGUGAAAUGAUGAUAUUGUAAUAAUUAGGAUUCCAAAUAUAGCUGAGUGUGCAAAGACGUAAAGGACCCUGGAACAGAAAUGGGUUGCUUAAAUUCUUACAAAUGAAA